AUGCCUCCACACAUUGAAUCUAGUGACGAGGAGUCCGUCGGCGAAGCUAUUCCUUUCCACAGCAAGGAGGACGAGGAAACCAAACCCAUCAAGGAUGAUGAGAAAGACGACCAGAACGGUGAAGAGGACGAAGAGGACGAAGCUGAAGAUGAUGACGAGGACGUAUAUGUCGUGGAGCGAGUUGUAGGACAUAGCUUUGACAAGAAGGGAAAGCUCCAAUUCGAGGUGAAGUGGAAAGGAUAUGAUGACCCUUCAGAUAUGACUGUAGAACCAGAAGAGAACUUGCUUGACGGAGCGCAAGAGGCCCUCGAAGAAUACUUUAAGAAGAUUGGCGGUCGACCCGAAAAGCCCACGAAGAAGCGGAAAUCGCUAGCGGAUAAAGCAUCAUCUACACCAGACAAACCAACAAAGAGAGGCAGGAAGCCCAGCUCUAUCAAAGUUGGAACAUCGGACCAGGAAUCUUCCCCUGAAAAUACGGAUUGGGCACCUCCUACAGGUGACUGGGGGAAGGAGCUGAGCUGUAUCAGCACAGUUUUACGUGACCCCGAUGGUGAUGGGCUUGUUGCCUACUUGGAGUGGAAAAAUGGAAGGAAGUCGAGAGCCCCAAUUCAGACUUGCUACGAACGCUGCCCUCAGAUGAUGCUUAAAUUCUACGAACAACACCUGGUAUUUAAAGAAGCUUCAACACCAUGA